UUGCCCGUCUUUACUCCCUCCUUCCAAUUUUGUUCUCUAGUCCAGGAAGUUGCUAUUACUCACCCAUUCGAAGGAGUCGCAAGUUGGAGAGAAGAAAAACCCCGAAGUUAGGAGGCAACAGCAGUCCGCUUUUUCCCUACUGAAUGUAACUUGUGUCUUCGUUGAGUUCUGCAAUAUCAGCCGUUAUACUUAGCUGGUAAAUUAUACAUUUAAUUUCAUUAUGGCUGAUACAGAGGCCAGUGUCGCUGCGGGCUGCCUGGAGAAACUGAAUGGCUACGUGAGGACCCGAAAAGGAACUACUCUUGCUGCAGAAAUACUCAUCAGUUUUAUCAUCCUAAUCUGCUAUGCUGCGUCAUUGUAUGGAGGUUAUUCUGCAGUGGCCAUCUGUGAGAUGGUGUUAGCCACCAUCUUCUUUGUCGUCUUCAUGACGGAAAUGGACAAGUCCUUCCAGGUGGUCCACUGGGUCUGGAGUGAUUUUAUCCGUGCUACUAUUGGUGCAGCCCUGUACCUUAUCACCUCUCUGAUCUGUGUGAUUGGUGGAGCCGGGGACGGCGCCCGUAUUGCAGGAGGGGUGUUUGGCCUGCUGGCUGGGAUCCUGUUUGCCUAUGACGCCUACACCAUCUUUCUGGUCAUCAAGAGCACCAGGCAGCACACAGCAGCGCCCACUGACAACAGAGUUUAAGCACUCAAAGCUAUACCCCCAAAAAAAGAAAAAGGAAGUUUGUGCAGGAGUCGACAAUGAAGAGAGAAAGAAGUGCAGCAGGUUGGAAGGAAGUUUGAUGCUCAAAUGAAGAGAUUAAUAGCCGAAAUGAACCAAUGUUAGGGUCAGAAGAGAGAAACAUCUGCAGUACAUCUAUAGCUGACCCAGAGGAGAAUGUUACACUGCACUGAGAUCAGUAUGUUCAAAAGAAUUAUGUCAAUUCCAGGAGGGAUUCCCUCGACAAGCGUUAUUCCAGUCUCGGUGUACAAUUCUACCAUCUACCGAAAAGGGAAAGAUGUAAAUAUUAUGCAGCAUAAGGAGGUGAAAAGCUUUGGUCAGUUUUCAUACAUCAUUUGUUUUCUGAUCUAAUUAAUUGUGUCAAAAGAUGUCGUUUGUAUUACAUUCACUACUAAAGGUUUGGUUUAUUAGUAAUGAGAUUGUAGCAUUACAUCCAUAGAGGUGCACCGAUUAAUAUAACAUCAUAAUGUAACAUCAGCUGUUUACCUUUGUAGUAAUUUGUACUAAAACUGCAAACGGCA